GCCCGGCGCGGGAGCGCGGGGACGGGGCCCUGCCCGGCGAGGCGGGCGAGCGGGGCGCCAGGGAGGCGGCAGAGGCCUGCGGGAGGCUGGGGGUCGGGGCCGCGGGCGGCCUGGCCCCAGGGCGCCUCGCCUCCCCUGCCGGCCGCCCGGCCCCCGGCCCUCCCCAGCGUGUCCACAGGGCCGGGGCGGGAGCCGGCGGAGACUGAGCCGGGCGCCCUCCCGGGCGGGGUAGCCCGGGGCUGCGCAGGCGCCGGCGGCCCAUCGCCCGACUCGGGGUUCCCCUGACCCCUCACGUGGAGACGGCGGAGGGGGCUGGGAUCUGGGCGGGCGGGCAGGAAGGAGAGAGUUAACUGCCCUGGUGGGUCACCUGGAGGACGGGAAGCUGCCGUGGAAAGAGAGCAGGGCUGACUGCUCCGGCUCCGUGAGACCCCAGACGGGACGCCUGUCCCCUCCAGAAUGAAGGCCUUCCUGCCGUUGCUGCUGGCUGCCCUCCUGGGUGUGGAGCGAGCCCACUCCCUGGUGUGCUUCUCGUGCGUGAAUGAGAACAGCAAUUGGUACUGCCUGAAGCCCACCGUCUGUUCCGAUAUUGACAACUACUGUGUGACCAUCUCUGCAUCCGCUGGCAUCGGGAACGUGGUGGACUUUGGCUACACCCUGAACAAGGGCUGCUCCCCGAUCUGCCCCAUCCCGAGCAUCAAUCUCGGUGUGGCGUCCGUGGGCACCCACUGCUGCCAGAGCUUCCUGUGCAACAUCAGUGCCGCGGACGGUGGGCCGCGGGCCAGCGCCACCGUGCUGGGCCUCGGGCUCCUGCUCAGCCUGCUGCCGGCUCUGCUGCGGCUUGGCCCUUGACCACGGGGACCUUGGGCCCGGCCCAGACUCUCGAAGCUCAGGAAGGAAGAAAGCCCAGCUCCUCCCAAACCCAAGAGGACCUCAAGGCCUCCCCCUGACUCCUCACCCUGCCGAUCGCACCCUCUCAGCCCUGGGUCCCCCCAGACCGGCCUGCCCCCCGCAUCCACACCUGCCGGCUACCCUUCCUUCCUGGUCAGCCUUCCCGGGGGAGCCUGGGGACAGAGCCCGAGGGUCCCUGCGUCAGAACACGCUGGGACAUGCUGGGAGGAGCACCGAAUCCCAGGCCUGCCCCUCUCCAGGCCCCGUCCCCCCGUAGGUGCAGAAGAUGUGCUGUGUGGACAGCGGUGUGGUCCGUGCGCCCUGCCGGGCCCGCGUGAGUGCGUGGCCGCCUCUCGGCCUGUGUGUGGGGGAGGGGAUGGGAGUCCGCCUCAGGAGCCCAGCGUCUGCGGCCCCCAGAGCCCCAAGCGCCCACGUGGAGCCCCUUUCCCUGGCAUCUCCGCACACCUCGCUUCACGGGCAGCCUUUUGGGAGGCAGGGCUUCCACUGCUCCCCGGUCUAGGCUGCUGACCUGGGACUCUGUUCCCGCCCCCAAAUCUAGCUGCGCCCCCACCCCCCCCCCACUGGAGCCCUCCUGCUGCUUUGGUGCCUCAAAUAAACACAGAUGUUGCCACCCUU